AUGUCUACUUCGAGAAGCAGAAAACGAGAAAGUUCCUACAAAAGGAAAGACAGAAUUACUGCUAAUGCUAAGGAGGAACAAAAUGAUCAGGAAGAUCUUGCUACCACUACGAAACUACAUAAAUUACGCAUCAGAUCAAUAGGACGAGUAGAAAAGACUCUUAUCUCCAUCAGUAUACUCCUUGUUCAUGUAGAGUAUCUGAAAAUACGGCUGAAAUCUCCGCAACAUACCAUUCCUUGCUCAAGAGUUGAUAUAGGUAUGGGAAGCCUCAGUUCAGCAACAAGUCCUGGCAAGGCUCGAGAGAGGCAGCCAGCUAGAACUGAAGAGAACUUCUUACCAGCGUCAGAUGCUUCACAUUUUCCUGACGCUACAGCCUCUGCAGCUUGGCUUAAAGCCAUUGCACAGGCUUCAGCAGAUACAUAUCUGUACGACUCUUGGCCGACUUCCUCACCUUUUAAUUCUUUGACCUCACAAAGAUUUCUCCCAUCAGCAUCAUUUUUCUCAUCAGCCCAGGAAACGGAUCUGUUUGUUCUAUUUGAAUCCGAAGUCUUCAAAGAGGACUUAAGAACACCAGCCCCGUCGAUCGCGUUCGACGGACCAAUCCACUCCUCCACAGACACUUCGCCAGCGGUUCAGAUCCGAAGGCCUCUCCUCCUUCAAAGUUGCAGCAAAGGUUCGACUAUUUAUCAAGCAGCCAGUCGAGCAGUACUUGUAUGUCUCCUGGAGGUCAUAGACCUUGUGCUCCUUGAGCGAGACCCUGUAGCGUCCUUUCCGGGGCCGUUCAGUGGGCAAAGGAUUGGUGCAGAGAGGGUGCCCACAAAUGCCGGCUAUAGUGCGUUCGGUCACCACAUCUUGGUAAUCACUUUGAGAAAGGAGUGCGCCAGAGGUGGUGAGCUGGCUCUCGUGCUUGAUUCCCUCCAGCAGAGAACACUGAAGCUUGAGGACUGCAUCCUUUACUGUCUGCACCUCAUGAUUCAUGGUUUCCUGGGGGUAUAA